AUGUCUGAUUUAAGUCCUGAUAUUGAUAGUGGGGUCGAAAUGGCGCACCAACACGAUUAUGAUGAAGGUUCUGAUACUGGAAAUGUAAGUCAAGGUGGAAGAUCAACACCCGGUUUAAGAAAAGGGAAAUGCAAAUGGUUUAAUGUAGCAAAAGGUUGGGGUUUUAUCACCCCAGAUGACGGCGGUCAAGAUGUUUUCGUACAUCAGAGCGUUAUACAAAUGUCUGGAUUUCGUUCGUUGGGUGACCAAGAAGAAGUGGAAUUUGAGUCAAUAGUAACUGAGAAGGGUCUUGAAGCGGUAAGGGUGUGUGGGCCUGAAAAUUCAGAUUGCAGGGGGUCCAAUAGGAGACCCGUUUCCAAGAAACGAUUCAAAAAGAUACGUUGUUAUAAUUGUGGCGAAUUUGCAAAUCACGUGGCAGCAAAGUGUUCGUUGGGUCCACAACCAAAAAAGUGCCACAAUUGUAAAAGUGUGGACCAUCUAAUAGCGGAUUGUCCAAAGAAAUCGGACGAGAAAAAACCAAAAAAGGAAACUUCUCAAAAUGGUAAAGAGAUUUGUGCCGCCAUCUCCGAGCAAGAAGAGGAAUUUCAGGAAUAA